AUGAUGGCCCGGUGUACACGCCAGUUGAGCGAGCAAUCUGGUGAAACAUAUGGCAUGGUUGCACUUCUCUGUGAACCGGAGCACCUGGAAGGUUUGCUUCGAACGGUUCAGGAAUUUGUUGGCCUCGAAUCACCGGGUAUUGAAAUCGACAGGGAUAAUCGUGUCCCAUUAAUUCAACAAGUGGUGGUCGCAAACAUCAACUCGAAAAAUCAAAUCGUGCUAAGCGGUAGUCUUGACCGAAUCAAAAUCCUUCUGGUCCAAAUGCGUCAAUUUGGAGGUCACGACCCGCGGGCUGUCAGACUGAAAAGUGACAGCCCGUUCCAUAGCCCUGCUAUGGCGCUAGCUGCUGAUUAUAUGAGAGAUGCCGUCGAGAACAUCAACAUCACAUUCCCGGCAUCAAUCCCAUGCAUAUCAAAUGUUUCUGCCUUACCCUUCCAGUCCAAGGAAGACAUCAAGGAUCUCCUUUCAAGACAAUGCAUUGAGACAGUGAGAUGGUGGGACAGCAUUCGCUAUCUUCAUCAGGAACGAGGCGUGAGGCGGUGGAUCGGAAUUGGGCCAGGAAAGGUCGGCAGGAAUUUGGUUGGCAAAGAGGUCGGAAGAGUCAACACCAAAGGAGGUGGUGUAUGGGCUGUUUGCGACCCUCGUGAAAUGUCAGAGAUCAUGGUUGCCUUGGAGCAGACUGAAGUCGAAACUGGAGACCCCCAGCCCGAAUUAGCAGGAUGA